GUGAGGGUAGGAGAUUUACCAAUCCGCAAUCCACCCAAAUCCACUAUUUGAUGUUCGGAUUAUUUGUAGGUGUAUUGAUAUCAACCGCGAAUUAACCACCCCACGUGCUCAACCAUUAGCCAUUAUAAGUUGUAACUCCUAAUCUCAUCCCCGUGGAUAGCAUGAUUUUAAGGCGGUAACAUAUAUCAGUGGGUAGUCUUCAUUGUCUGUACAUAUGGGAGUUAUCAAUUAACUAAGGAAGCAAGAAGGUGAAUAAUGAGGCAACUAAAAUGAAGAACGUUGGAGAUAAAUGGGGUAAGCAAAGUUGGAUUAAUUAGUUACACACUUACACGUGUAGCCUUCAUCCCACGCAGCAAAUGAACCUCAAUCUCUUGAUUUCCCUUAUCCUUCUCCCUGCCACUCCAUUACUUUUUGUUGUUUUCUCUUAGCCACACCAAAUUAAAGGUCCCCUUAUGCAUUAGAUAGAGAUACUGAGAGGAAGAAAAAUGUGAUUGAGGCGGAGGUGAAAUUUUGAGUAAUAGUUUUUCCUUUAUUUUCGAGAGUUACUAAUCGUCGCCCUAAAAAUUUGAAUUUAUCGCCCUAACCUCACGCCAAAUUACUCUACUACCCCUACCGUCUUUAUCGCCCUAACCUAAUCGCCACCCUCUGCCAAUCCGCCGAUCAAGUACGAUUGAGGGGGAAGGAGGAUGAAGAUGGAAGUCGGCGCCGCCCGCCGGAUGCAAAUCCAUUGCCGCCCAGCUCUCAAGGCAGGUUCCCUGCCCGCUUUUGUUGAUUUAUAGUAGUUUAUGUACCAAUGUGUAAUUGUCCAUUAUUAGGGUUGAGUGGGACUGGCGGCCAAACAUAUAUAUAUUGGCCUUUGUAUCUCUGUAGAAACUAACGAAAACGAAAGAUUAAAAACCUGAGAGGGAGAUCCUCUCCGUGGACUAGUGUCACAUUGACGAAACCACGUUAAAAAACUUUGGUGUUCUUCUUUUCUGCUUAGAUUAUUUGACAUGGUAUCAGAGCCUGCGAUCUGAGAUUUUUUGCAAUCGUAUUUCGCUAGGUAAUUGUCUGAUCACCAUUCGAUCUUUCAGCCAAGGGUUUUCUUUUCCUGGCGCCAUUGUUCCUGGCGCAGUCGUUGGUUAUUUGUGAUUCGGCGGCCGGUUUUCUGAUCGCCGCUGCAGCAAAGGGUUUUUUCCCUUUGUCUUGUUCCUCGUCCCCUGCUCCCCGCAACAGGUGAUUGCGUCCCGCGUCUUCGCCCGGUGUCAAUCUCCCCGACGCCCGGUGCCCAUCUACGCGCCCGCACCAGAUUCUCUCCGCGCCCGGUGCCAUUUUCUCUGGCGGCGCGUCCUUUCCUCUGGCGGCGCUCGGGUUCCUUUCAUCAGGUGGCUUCCUUUGUCUUCGGUUUUUCCACAGCUCGUCGUAGCUCUUGUCCGGCCCUUUAUUAGGUGGAUUAAUUGUUUUUCGGGCCUCCUCUCUCAGCUGCUAGUCCCCGCUGUUGUCUGGUUCGUAAUCAGGUUGUCAUUUUUUCUCACGUAUCUCAUGGAUUCUAACAGGAUGGAUGGUUUUUCGGCUAAGUUUGAUGGCAAGAACUUCCCUUUGUGGGAGUUUCAGUUUCGUAACUUUGUGGAAGGAAGACGCUUGCUUCCUAUUUUGACAGGUCAAUCCCCACGACCAGCUGCUGGUUCUCCUGCGACGGACAUUGCUGACUGGACUGCAGGUAAUGCACAGGUGGUCACCUGGCUCGCUUCUUCGGUUGACAUGGCCACGGCUCUUAGCCUUCGUCGAUUCACCGAUGCCAGUGACAUGUGGAAACAUAUAUGUUCGACAUAUACUCAGAAUGAUGCGUCUCGUCAGUUCGAACUGGAAACUCAGAUUGCUUUGCUCAAACAGGGCGACAUGGAUAUUCGUUCUUAUUUUCAGGAGAUCACCAGUCUUUGGACCGAGUACGAUCUCCUUGCUGCCUCACUUGUUUCGACUGCUGCCUCCGCUGACAUGAUGGCGGAACGAUCUCGCUCUCGCCUCAUGCAGUUUCUCAUGAAGCUCCGUCCUGAAUUUGAGCCGAUUCGUGCUUCUUUCUUACAUCGGCAAGUGGCAACUAUUGAUGCAGCUCUUUCUGAGCUUAUACGGGAGGAGACACGCCUUCGUAGCCAGCAUCAGCUCGACCAGCCCUCCUCCGCAGUUGAUUCGGCCUUUGCGGUUGGUCGCGGAGGGUCAGGUAAGCCUCAGUUCCAGACAAGUGAUACAAGUCAGCUUACAUGCCAUUUUUGCCACGAACUGGGUAUCAUUCAGCCGCAUUGCAAGAAGCGAAAUGUUUGCAUUUAUUGCAAACGUUCUGGUCACAUUAUUUUGGAGUGCAAGUCCUUGGCUCGACGUAAUCGCAGCGGUAGUUCGUCGUCUGGUGCCGCGCGCUCUGGUAACUCUUAUGAGCGCCGCGGUGGUUCUGGUUACUCGGUUGAGGAGGCUUCUCCUCGUACCACUUCUUCUGGUAGGGCCAAUGCUGCUCCCUUGACUGCCGACGUUGUGCGUCGCUUGGUGGCUGAUGUUCUUCAGGAAACACUUCCCGGGGCAUUAACUUCUGCUUUUGCCACUGGUGGAUCGUCAGGUAAUUCUCGGUGGUUGCUUGAUUCCGCUGCUUUUAAUCAUAUGACAAGUACUCGUUCUAGUUUUUCUUCUCUUAAGUCCUCACCUGUAUUGUCAUUACAAGUGGCUAAUGGUGCUCGUCUUCCCGUCCGAGGUAUUGGGACGGCUACGUCUGGUCGUUUGAGCUUGGAUAAUACUCUAUUCGUUCCUCAGCUUGUUCCUAAUUUAGUCUCAGUUGGGCAGUUGACAGAAGAUGGUUGUGAGGUUCGGUUUGAUUCUCAUGGGUGUGUUGUGCAGGAUCAGAAAACAGGGAGGGUGAUCGGGAAGGGUAAGAAGGCAGGUCGUGUCUUUGUUCUAGAUGAGCAUGGUGUUUCGGCUGGAGACUCGCCGUCGCAGCUGCUUUCGGGGAUGGGGACACGUGGAGUUCAGAGUUCUUUGCCGCAGAUGUGUAGUGGGUCGGCCAAUUUAGCUACUACAUUAGCUGCUUCAGAUUCUUUGAGACAUAAUUCAGUUUCAGUUUUUGCUGUAAAGCCUUCAGAUUCUUUGGAUUUUUCCAAACAUGCUACGUUAUGGGAUUUGUGGCAUUGUCGCCUUGGUUAUCCCCACAAGGCACGCUUAUUGGAUAUGUUUCGUCGCAGUUUGCUACCCGAUCAUUUGUCUUCCCAAUUUGCUGUGUCUGAUUCGUGUAUUAGUUGCAUUGAGGCCAAAACUUCCCAAUCACCCUUCCCUAACAGUGAGACGAUUUAUAAUGAUCCGUUCGAUUUGGUACACACCGAUUUAUGGGCCCCUUCACCUGUUGAGUCUCGCAUGGGUUUUCGUUAUUUUGCUCUUUUUGUGGAUCAUGCUACCAGGUAUGCUUGGAUCUACUUUCUGCGUCGGAAGUCGGAGCUCAUUACUCAUGCUAAGCAUUUUGUUGAGAUGAUUCGCACCCAGUUUGGCAAAACAGUCAAGGCCAUUCGUUCCGAUCCUGGGGGCGAAUUCAGUUCCACUCCUCUGCUUGAUUUUUAUAAGUCUUAUGGUAUUCUCCCACAGCAGUCCUGUCCUGGUGGGUCUCAGCAAAACGGACUAGUCGAACGGAAACAGCGUCAUGUUCUGGAACUAACUCGUGCGCUGCUCUUUCAUUCUCGAAUUCCGCGUACCUUCUGGGUUGAGGCUGUGAGCACCGUAGUAUAUCUCAUUAAUCGGCAGGUUACCCCAGUUCUUGGCAAUCACUCUCCUUUUCAGAAGCUCUACUCGAAGGUUCCUGACUAUUCUCGGCUCAGGGUUUUUGGUUGUCUCUGUUUCGUGCUUCUUCCCAAGAAAUCUCGAGAUAAGUUGUCUCCCAAGACAGUUCGUUGUGCUUUUGUUGGUUACAGUAGUCAGCACAAAGGCUACUUGUGUUAUGAUCCGGUUGCUCGGCGUAUGCAUAUCUCGUGUCACGUGGUGUUUCUAGAGCAAGUGAUGUACUAUCCGGUGGUUGAGCAUCCAAAUGCCUCGGACUUGGAUUUUUUGAGCUCUCUUCCGGUGUUUGACUCUGAGCCUGUUGUCCCCCGGAAUGAUUUUCAGGGAGGGACUUCUCUUGAAAAUCAUUCACUCGAUACGAAUGGCCCUUCUACGGGGAGUACAUCCUCGUCGCCAAGCACAGUUGGGAAUACAACAGCUUCUUCUUCGUCUACGUCCUCACCGUCCUCGAGUUCGGCUUCUGCAGGCUCGACUACCGCCUCGCAAGACAGCUCAUCUUCCUCGUCUUCUUCUUCUGGUCCUGAUGACAGCGGGGGAGGGUCCGCGAGCUUGCUACAUGAGUUGACCACUCCUCCACCACUUCCACAACCUCGCCGUUCCUUGCGUACUACGUUGGGACAGCCCCCCAAAAGACUGGAAGAUUAUGAUUGUUUUUUUUUGGCUGAAUCCAUACCCAUACCCAGUCACUAUCGAUACGCUCAAGGGAACAUUAAUUGGGAGUCUGCCAUGAAAGAGGAGUUGCGGGCUUUAGAAGAGCAAAACACAUGGGAUUUGGUGCCACGUCCUCCUGGUGCGUCGGUAAUAGGUUGUCGGUGGGUUUAUACAGUGAAAAUGAAGCCUGAUGGUACAUUGGAUCGAUACAAGGCCAGGCUAGUAGCUCAGGGGUUUAAACAGGAAUAUGGGAUGGAUUAUGAUGAAACCUUUGCUCCAGUAGUAAAGAUGCAGACAGUUCGUAGUGUGUUAGCUGUGGCAGCAAUGAAGAACUGGAAGCUUGUACAGUUUGAUGUGAAAAAUGCGUUUCUUCAUGGAGACUUGAAAGAAACAAUCUAUAUGCAAUGUCCGGAAGGGUAUGAUAAGGGAGAACCAGGGAUGGUCUGCAGGCUGAGGCGCUCUCUUUAUGGUCUAAAGCAAGCACCACGAGCUUGGUUUGAAAAAUUUCACAAGACCAUUGUACAGAUCGGAUUCGUGCAGAGCCAGAAUGAUCCAUCGAUGUUUACUCGUCAGACGAUUCAUGGAAAUACAGUUCUUCUGCUGUAUGUCGACGACAUGAUAGUUACCGGAAGUGAUACUGAGGGUAUUCAGGAAUUAACUCAUUCAUUGCGAGCAGCAUUUAAUCUAAAGGAGCUAGGAGAGGCAUCUUAUUUUCUGGGUUUGGAGAUACAGAGAAGUGAGACAGGUUUAUUUGUGAGUCAAAAGAAGUACAUUAAUGAUCUAUUAGCAGCAGCGCAAUAUACCGAUAGUAAACCAUGCUCAACUCCAAUGGAACAGAAUUUAAAGCUCAGUCGUGACAGUGGAGUUUUGUUAGAGGAUCAAACUUUCUACAGGAGCAUUGUAGGAAGUCUGAUCUAUCUGACUCACACCCGACCGGAUAUUGCAUACACAGUACAGGUAUUGAGUCAGUUUGUGGGAGUAGCAUGUACUACUCAUCUAGAUGCUGUUCAUCGUCUGUUGCGCUAUCUAAAGGGCACUAGAGACGUUGGUCUUUUCUUUGCUGCUGAUGGGGAUGCGACAAUUGAAGCUUUUGCUGAUGCAGAUUAUGCAGGGUGUUUGGAUACUAGGAGGUCUACAUCAGGAUGGUGUGUUAAGAUAGGAAGGUCUUUUGUUUCAUGGAGGUGUCGAAAACAGGAUAAAGUAUCUAAGUCAUCGACAGAGGCAGAGUACAGGUCGAUGUCAGAAGUUAGUUCAGAGAUGGUAUGGUUGCAAAGGUUACUCAAGGAACUAUGAGUUGAUUGCCGAUUACCUAUGAGGAUCUAUGGGGAUAAUACUAGCGCCAUACAGAUUGCUGUUAAUCCAGUACUACACGACCGGACAAAACACAUUGAGGUACAUGUGCAUUAUAUUAGACAACUCGUUGCUGAAGGAGUUGUGCAGCUCAGUUACCUAUCUACAGAGGAUCAAACUGCAGAUGUCUUGACGAAAGCAGUUGGUUCAAGCAGGCAUUGGUACCUAUCUACCAAAUUGAUGUUGCGCACCCAACAUCAAUUUGAGGGAGGGUGUUGAUUUAUAGUAGUUUAUGUACCAAUGUGUAAUUGUCCAUUAUUAGGGUUGAGUGGGACUGGCGGCCAAACAUAUAUAUAUUGGCCUUUGUAUCUCUGUAGAAACUAACGAAAACGAAAGAUUAAAAACCUGAGAGGGAGAUCCUUUCCGUGGACUAGUGUCACAUUGACGAAACCACGUUAAAAAACUUUGGUGUUCUUCUUUUCUGCUUAGAUUAUUUGACAGCUUCCACCCUUCGCUAGGCAUAUUCCCUACCUAACGGGCCUGCUCGUUAGAAGGGUUGAAAUCCCGUCAUAGACCCGUCUCGACACCGCUGGCGACGAGAUUUCAACUCGCCCGGCGAGCAGCACCCAGAAGAAGAAAAAAAAAACAGGCCAGGAGGAUUCUGACCUUCUUCCUCCUUCCUCCUCAACGGCGACGAACAUCCUCCGCAGCCGAAGAGGUUGGUGGCGAUGGGAGGAUCAGAAUUCUGACCCAUUUGGGAGGAACAGAGGUGGGCCGCUGCGGCAGUGGGUGGGUUGAACCAGAGGUGGCGGCUACAACAAUCAGCGGGGCAGAACCACAGGCGGCGGCGCGAGCAUCUACAUCAUUGUCCUAGAGCGGCGCAUUGGCAUCAGAAGUGGCCGGCGGGUCUGAAUUAGGGCGAAAUUGAUUAGGGAUUAAGAUUAAGUUAGGGACAAAAUUGUCCGUUUGGGUAAGUUUAGGGCGACAAAUUUAAAUAGUUAGGGCGUAAAAUAGGAAUUCAGUUAUUUUCUAGGGCUAUCUCCCCAUUCAAGUGAGCUGGUAUCAGUCUCAAACGAAUCAUUAUGAAGGAGAUAAAAAACUGAUAUUGGCAAAGCUCAGUGUGUUCUCGUCUUCUUCGAUCGCAUGCAACUUCGGAGCAAUAUUAGAGAAGAACUCCCCAGUGCAAUUGCAUAGACAUGUUUCCUAUCUAUGUUUUUGAAAGCAUCUCGAUCAAUGUGAGAAUGUCAAUCCGAGCUCUGCAUGUUAAUGAUCCAUUACUCUUAGUGGAUUGCACCGAGCUCUGGAACAACUUUCCCUAUGAUUUUGACCUCCACCUUGUCUAACAUGCAGAUCCCACAGCGGGCAAGAAGGAAUGGACUUCUGUUUAGAAAGGAGCCAGAGGUGAAUUAUACUGAUUGGAGUCGAACGGCUAGCUCCACUGAGGCGGAGGUGAGUCCAAAACCGAAACCAUCUUCUCAACUCAAAGAGGGAGUGGGGAUCCAUUGGAAUCGAACGGCAACGAGGCGGAGAUGAGCCUAAACUGAAAUCGAAACCCUCGUCACCAAGUUCAGCCUUCUGCCCUUUCACCCUUGCCUCGAGAUUGUGACCCUUUCCUCGCAACCCUUUUCCCGAGAUUGUGCACCAUUCCCUUGCAACCUUUUCCUACGAAGCUUCUCACCGCCAGCCGGUCGACGGGGGAAAGCCAGAAGCAGUUGGGGCAAUGCACGCGCGGGGAGAGGGGAAAAGAUGAAUAGACGCAUCGGGAGGCGAGGAUUCAACGGCCGGGAUCGCGUCUCAGCAAGUAUGCGGAUGAUGAACAGCAUGGUCUACAGGAAGCGUACGGUAUACCGGCCCACUCCCCACAGGACCCCUUAUACCAUUAGGCGCUAUUUAUUUCUUAAUUAAUAAUUUCUAUAAGUUAGGAUAAAAUAAAAGAAUCUUCUUAUGCCAUUAGGCGCUAUUUAUUUCUUAAUAAUUUCUAUAAGUUUGG